GUCCUUCCCCCUGCACUUGUCAGAUGCAGAUGGGACUGGCAAAGUUUGUUUGAAUAAAAAAAAAAAGGCUAAAAAAAAAAAAAGGGGAAGAGCAGGAGGAGGGGGGAGGAAAAAAAAAAGAUCCUAGAAAUCCAAAAAGGCUCAUCUGGGAAGGAGAGAGAGGAGACCGAGAGGAAGCGGGAUGCAACUCAACCUGACGCUGAUCUGCUUCGUCUUCGGGGGGUUCCUGCCCGACGCCGCGGCCCGGCGGGAGCAGAUGGACACGGGGCAGUGCGACCUGCCCCGCUCGCAAGGAGAGCUCAACUCCUUCCUCUGGACCAUUCGCCGUGACCCCCCCGCUUAUCUCUUCGGCACCAUCCACGUGCCCUACACGCGAGUUUGGGACUUCAUCCCUGACAACUCCAAGGCCGCCUUCCACGCCAGCUCCAGCGUCUACUUCGAGCUGGACCUCACGGACCCGUACACCAUCUCGGGGCUGGCCAGCUGCCAGAUGCUGCCCCACGGGGAGAACCUGCAGGACGUGCUGCCCCGGGAGCUGUACCGCCGCCUCAAACGCCACCUGGACUACAUCAAGCUGAUGCUGCCCCACUGGAUGACCCCGGACCAGCGGGGCAAAGGGCUCUAUGCCGACUACCUCUUCAACGCCAUCGCCGGGAACUGGGAGCGCAAGAGGCCCGUCUGGGUGAUGCUCAUGGUGAACUCCUUGACGGAGACGGACAUCCGCUCCAGAGGGGUGCCGGUGCUCGAUCUCUACCUCGCCCAGGAGGCCGAGAGGAUGAAGAAGAAGACGGGUGCGGUGGAGCGGGUAGAGGAGCAGUGUCACCCGCUGAAUGGGCUCAACUUCUCCCAGGUGCUGUUUGCUCUAAACCAGACUCUGCUCCAACACGAAAGCCUUCGAGCAGGGAGUUUGCAGGCCCCUUACACCACUGAGGAUCUCAUCAAGCACUACAACUGUGGAGACCUGAAUGCUGUUAUAUUCAACCAUGACACUUCUCAGGUGCCAAACUUCAUCAACACAACACUCCCACCCCACGAGCAGGUGACAGCUCAGGAAAUAGACAGCUACUUCAGACAGGAGCUCAUCUACAAAAGGAAUGAGAGGAUGGGGAGAAGAGUGAUGUCACUUCUAAGGGAGAACAGAGACAAGAGCUUCUUCUUUGCCUUUGGAGCAGGUCACUUCCUGGGUAACAACACUGUGAUUGAUGUACUGAGACAAGCAGGAUUUGAAGUGGAGCACACCCCUCCUGGACAACCAAUUGGAAAUUCAAGGAUGACAAAGACAAGCCCAGCCUUGGAGGGACUCUCAGUGACAGCCCUGCCCCCUGUCCAGCUUUCUGAGCAGGUCCCACUGGCAUCUCCUUCCCUGAAGCCACAGCAGAUGAAUGAAGAAGACAGCCUGUCUCCUCACCUCUUGCUGCCCGACAGCAUCAGCCAGCUGGAGGAGUUUGGCAGGCAGAAGAAAUGGCACAAGAAGCAGCACAAGCACCAUCGCCAGAGGCAGUUCAAUGACCUCUGGGUUCGGAUAGAAGACAGCACCACCACGUUGCCUUCCUAUAUCAGGAUAACCAAUGGCUACAUCACAGUCAAGCCUCCCAUCUGGAUUUCCAACCAGCUGGAUCAGAGGCCGCGUCCCGAGCGCCCAUCCCAGCCCCAGCCCACGAGCUCAGCCCCAGCCAGCCUUUCCUGGCCAUCAGUAACAGUUCCUCUCUGCAUGGCCAUAGCUUCUUUUCUCCUGAGCCUACUGCAGCCCUCCUGACCACAUUGUAUCACAUCCAAUCCCUUGGAAUAGAGAGAUAAUUUAUGAACAAAUUGAAGUUUAAGACAACAGUUACAAGCUGGACCUUCUCAGUGACUCAGUAGUGCCUUCUAGCUGAUUUUGUCUCUUUGCCCAGAUACAUUUUGAAACUCUAAAGCUUUAUUGUAACACUGACUUACAUCUUCUUUUUGUAGAAGGAUCUUUAUUUCCCAUAGUGCUAUGGGGUUUUGUAAAAUAUACAUGUUCAUAUAAAGAAAAAAAAAGAAAAAGAAAAAUGUAUUUAUUCGACUGGUAAACUUAUUUUUCUUGUUGUAUAUGUUAAUAACAUCCCUAUUAAUCAGUAGCGAUGGUGAAACAGAUAAAUUAAUAUUUUCUAUAUUUGUUUUCUGACAACUCUGCAAAUGUCUGAACUGACACCAAAUGAUUGCUUUCUUUGUUUCUUUAACUAUUACAUUUUACAGCAACUGUCCAAUAAGUACAUUUCUGCUGAACUUCUUUAUUUUACUUCUUUUAUCUCAUUAGCAUAUCUUACACUUAAUAAAACCGAUCCUGCUCUCUAGGGCCUGUGCCCUUUAGAAAAAUAAGUUCAUUCUUAACUCGUUAGCUGCCACAGUCUAAAAUAUCAGUUAUUUUUACAUGACAUAGUAAGUCAUUAUUCAGGAUAAUCCUCUACAUUCCCCCUGUUUUCUUUAACUAAACUAUUUAACUUCUUCAGAAAUUACCAGUUUCCUCCUUUACCCUGAAAUUAAUUCACCAGCUAACGCAUAUUAAAACACCCUUUUCUUAAUAAAAAAUUGCUUUUAAAGUCUGGAAUAAUCCUACUUGGAAUUUUUUUCUUCUCUCCCUCAUUUUAUAUAUAAGCCUACAGCUUUUUUGAGCAGACAUGAGAAGAGAGCUUGGUCUGUCUAUAGGUUAUAAAGAUGUAGUGUCCUGUUAAUCUAUAGAACCCCUUUGUACCAGUUGUAUUAAUGCCCAUGGACAACCUGGAGGCAAAAAACAUCUACAAAUUCCUCUUUCUCUUGCUACCAUGAGCUGAUAGAGCUGAUAUCUCUGUGCUGAAAUAAUUAUGUCCAAAAUCUGCUCAACACCACAGGAAUCAAACUAACCCCCAUGUUAUGGAGACAUGCAGAACAUUCUUCCAUUUCUAAACUAUGGUACCUGACUUAGAUGGAAAAGUUACAACACCUUACCCUCAUUGAAAAAUGUGCUCCCUCUCCAAACAGCUGUUGUUGAGGAAUGAGAUUUACAACAUCUAUGUGGAAAAACACCCAGUGCCAUCUUAAAAAUUAUUAUGUUUAAAAACAUAAUAAUUAUGUUUAUGUAGAUGUUCUU